UCCGGAGCCGCUCGCCCGCCCGUCCGCCCGCCGCGAUGGGAGCCGGCGCCUCGGCGAUCUCCGCCCUGCUGUGCGGCGCGGCCGCGGCCGCCCUGCUGCUGCGCUGGCGGGGGAGGAGCGGGCUCCGCCGGGAGCUGGCCGAGGCUGGCCGGCGGCGGCAGCUGGCGCUGGGGCGGAUGGAAAAGGCCGCCGCGCAGUUUCGGGAGCAGAAUCCUGAUGUAGAUGCGGACUCCAUCCUCUCUCUCUCCUUGGUGGAGCUCUCCGAGAAACUCCGGGAUGGUUCUCUUUCUCCAGACUGGGUCUUCUAUACCUACAUGGACAAGGUGAGGAACGCACGUGAUGGCCACGAUUCCACCCUGGGGUUUGCGAAGCGUCUCAAUCAGCCAGCUGCUGAGGACUGCGUGCUGGUGCAAGUGUUAAAGAGACAGGGGGCGCUUCCAUUUGUGAAGACCAACGUUCCCCAGUCCCUGUUAAGCUACGACUGCAGUAAUUUAAUCUUUGGCCAGACAGUGAACCCUCUGGACCACACCAAAACGCCUGGCGGCUCCUCCGGAGGAGAAGGGGCGCUGAUUAGCAGCGGCGGAUCCAUCCUGGGCAUUGGGACGGACGUAGGAGGAAGCCUCCGUAUUCCAGCUGCCUUCUGUGGGAUUUGUUCGCUGAAAGCCACUGGGGGCAGACUGAGCAAGAAAGGAGUGGUCUCCAGUAUUCCUGGGCAGAAAUCAGCUCUAGUAGGGGUAGGGCCAAUGGCGAGGGACGUGGACAGCCUGGCUCUGUGCAUGAGAGCGCUCCUGUGUGUCGACAUGUUCCGCCUGGACCCCACCGUGCUGCCGGUGCCCUUCAACGAGGAGGUGUUCUCCAGCUCACGGCCCCUCCGCGUAGGAUAUUACGACACUGAUUCUUUUACGGUGCCAGGUCCUUCCAUGAGACGGGCAGUUCUGGAGACCAAGCAGCUGCUGGAGAAUGCAGGCCAUAUGCUGGUGCCGUUCAAACCCUGUCGUAUUGAAUACUUUAUGUUUGAUAUUUCGGUAAGAGGAUUGUUUGCAGACGGGUGUGCCACCUUUUUGGACCGUUUCAAAGGGGAGCAAGAAGAUCCCAACAUUAAACAAUUACUUCUGUUGUGUAAAGCACCAGGCUGGCUAAGAAGCCUCUUGUCCUGGAUUGUCAAACCAAUAGUGCAUAGAUUAGCAAACGUCCUGAGAAACAUGAACGAGAGAUCGGUGAAAGAACUCUGGAAACUUCAUUGUGAGAUUGAGGAGUAUUGCCGAGAAUUCAUCGCCGAAUGGAGGAAGCUGGACCUGGAUGUGAUGCUGUGUCCGGUUGUGGGCCCUGCGUUUCAGAUUGGAUUUCCUGGGAAGCUCUCAGUGGCAGCAAGUUACACUAUUUUGUAUAACUACUUGGACUUCCCCGCCGGGGUUGUGCCUGUCACCAUGGUGACGAAGGAGGAUGAGGAAGAGCUGAAGACCUACAGAGGACACUAUAACGAUUGGUGGGACAAGGUCUUCGUAAAGGCUAUCCGGGGAGGCGUGGGGCUGCCCGUGGCGGUGCAGUGCGUGGCUCUGCCGUGGCAGGAGGAGCUGUGCCUGCGGUUCAUGAAGGAGGUGGAGACGCUGACCCAGAGGAAGCAAAGAAACCUUUGAACGACGGGCAGGAUAGAACGCUGCUGGGUUACAAUGCUGCGCCAGCCAGCCGUCUGCAUCAAGCAGUGAUGUUAAUGGCACAACCUUUGUUUAAUUAAAGAACUUGAUGGUG